AUGUCUCUCUCGCGCCUGAGCCAGCUGAGCGCCACCAUGGCGCCCAACCUCCUGCGCAUGGUGUGGCUUCCUACUGCCUCCUCGACGACGGCGGCCGCGGCGGCCACGGCCACGGCCACCAUCCCCACGCGCUUUGUCGCCCCCGAGGUGGGCUCCUGCGGCCAGUCCGCCGCCACGACCGAUGCCCCCGCUGCUGGUGGCCGGCCAGCGGUCCUGCGCGCCGUGGUCGGCGGUCGGACGGCUCUUCUGCCCCCUUCGGCGGAUGGCUGCUCGGCCCAGUGGCCCACCUGUGGCAGCUGCUCGGCCUGUCUGGCGCCGCUGCUGCGCGUGUGGGUUGACCACCAGGCCGAUGGGCCCGGCCCCGGGGCCACGGUCAGCCCGCUGCUCGGGUUCUCCGCGCUGCAGGUCCUUCAGUGCACCAGCGACCAGUGCGAGUCGCCGCAGGAUGCCUCGGUCGCCUCGCGGCUGGUGGUCGCCCGGGACGGAGCGGCCCCCGCCUUCGCCGGGGCCGGAACCAGCGCCCUUGCCGCGGCUCCCGGCAUCCCGACCGACGGCCAGGCCGAGGCGCACCAGCACUCGCUCUUCACGCAUCCCGGCCUGGGACGCCUCCUGCAUGCCAGCGAGCUGGAGCUGACCGCCGCCGGGGAUGCCAACCUGCUGGAGGCCGAUGGCGGCUCGCUCGGGUCCGAGGGUGUCUCGGCCGAGGCGCUGGCCGGCGCCACCCCCUCGGCGGCCAUGGCCUCCGGGGCGGAGCUGCGCCGGCUCCUGCGCGCGGCCACCCUGCCGGCCGAUGGCCUGGAGCUGCCGACCGUGUCGCACCUGAUGUCCCGGCAGCCGGACCUCGAGCAGCUGGCCGACAGCCUGGCCGAGGUGGAGGGCGCCGCGCCCCUGGAGACGGUCCUGCAGCUGAGCGGGCGCCAGCCGGACACCGGCAUCAAGGCCGGCGGCUGGCCGGCCUGGCCUGACGGCGACCUUCCGGCCGGUGGCCUCCUCGGGUGCGAAUGCUGCGCCAAGGGGGCCGCCUGUGCCUCGCCGGAUGCCAGCGUCCUGCUGAUGCAGAUCCCGGCCGAGGCGGCCGGUCUCGGGGCCUCCUCCACCGGCGAUGACAUCGAGGAUGACCAUGAUGAUGGCGCCGCCGCCGACACCGAGUCCAGCUGGUAUGACCAGAGCUAUGUCGGCAUGGUGCUGGCCUGUCCGUCGGGCAAGUGCGUCAACUUCACCUGGACUUCGCCCUAG